AUCUGGCAAACCUGUUGUCUCCACCUGAAACCAGACCUUCUUGAUUACUUUUGUUCCUUCGAACGCUUAAGUGCCUCUUAAAAAGGAAUUUAAAAAACUGUUGGUGCGAAAACAUGAGGAGUGGGUGUGAGUGUGUCUUCGGGUGAGGGUGUGUGUGGCCAACGAAACACCUGAAAGAUAAGAUAUCAACGUCAAAGAUCUAUGGUCGAUGAGCACUCAACAAACGCGACCUACCUUACCUUCUGACCCUUAGCCUUACGAAGGCUAAACAUGGAGGAAGUUUUUGUGUGUAGUGUUUGAGCAGCACUUUACUGCCCAUGAGAAGAAUGUCACAUCGAUAAUCGCUCACUAAAAUUUCACAGUAAAGAGCGGCGCUAACAGGUGUACACAGGUGUAAAUAUGUGCACCUGUACUUCGAACUCCCGAGCGUGUCAAAUGUUUCCGGAUCAAGGCAUACAAGGACUACCCGAGGCCUCCAGCCACCCGUGCAUGCCACGCACCCAUUACGCAGCUGACGUGCACGGUCAAGUUAAGCGUUGAUCUCUAUGGAAAAUUGCUUUUGAAGUUCCAAGUGACCUCGUCCCAUUAAAACUCUUUUGAAAAUCGAUCUGAGUGUAAAGAACUGACCACCCAAACACGGCGUUCUCGGGUGAGAGAAACAGGGUGUAGUCGUCAGACAGGGACAGGAGAGUUGAGACACUGAUCGCAGGAAUGAGACGGUUUACUGUCAAUUCUCCUCUCGUGCCUAGUGACAAACAUGUUAAAGUCUGAGGCACCAGUGUUGGUUUUCAGUUUAUUGCCACUACAACCGACUGCAGUAUAGUCAAACGUGUGGCAAGAAUUUUCUUGGACUUUCAUUUAAGAAUACUUACUUCUUGGAGUUUUUCAAGAAAGCUUAAGCUUAAGAGGGCAGACGACAAGGAUUGCCUGUAGAAAAGGUCAACAUGCCAGCCAGUCGAAAAGACACAGCGGCAUCCAGGCAAAUGGUCUCGGAAAGAAAGACGGUUAGCCGGAAGCCGCGCGAUGAAGCUCUCUUCAUGACGGAGCUGGACAACGUGCGCAAAGAUUCCGACCUGAGCGGCCUUACGUCCCCAGACAUCGACCUCGAAAAGGAUGACGAGGAGAAAGAGGAACCACGGCGCAAACUUGGAGCGGACGAGAUUAAGGUGAAGCUCUACCGCCGGGAGUGUCGCCAGUUAGAUGUAACACCAGUUGGCGCUUACCUUCGGUCUCCUUCCUCCCCCGUGCUGUGCAUCAAGCACUAUUCUCUUGGACCACGUGGCGCACGGGCACUAGCAGUGCCCCUGAUGUUGGACUCUUGUAUCACGUGUUUGGACUUGGAAGGAAAUGAUCUUGGAGGGGAAGGAGCUAAAAACCUUUGAUGGAAGCCUUGAUAGAGAACUGCAGCAUCACAGAACUGAACCUCAGCAACAACAGCCUGGGAAGUGCAGGUGCUGGCGCCGUGGAGAAAAUUUUGAUGCAGAACAACCUCAUCCACUCCGUUACUUUGUCUGGUAAUCACUUCAAGGACGUGGACGUCGAUCAUUUCGCUCUCGUGCUGAAUGAAAGAAAAGUGCUGAAGUCAUUGAACCUGUCUCAUAACGAAUUCGGAGACAUUGCUGCGUCUGUUCUAGGACAAGCCUUAGCAACCAACGACACACUUGAAUCCUUAGACCUCAGCUGGAAUCACAUUCGGCCAAAGGGAGGCAAAUCGCUUAUGGCUGGUAUAAAGGAAAACGUGGGACUCAAACGUCUGUCAGUGGCCAACAACGGUCUGGGUGAUGAGGGCUGCGGCGCGGCUGCGAUGGCCAUCAGCAGCAACAGCAGUCUGCUGGAGCUGGACAUGUCCGGCAACAGAAUCACCAACACCGGCUUACUAGCCUUCGCAUCGCAGAUAAAAACCAACGAAACUCUGCAGGUGCUGAAGCUUGGCAACAACUUGGCCACUGGACUAGGAGCUCAGGCUUUGGGCGAAGCCAUUUUGGAGUCUGAGACAAGUGCUUGAGAACUCUUGACCUCGUGAACAUCAGCGUGUGGGAAACUCUGGCGGAGCUGUUGAAAACGCAUGCGCAGACGCGUCCCUUGAAAGUCGUGCACGGGACGGUCACGCGCCGUGAAGUACCACGUGACCAGUUAGAGCAGCAAUUCAAAGACGACAUCAUGGCUGCGUUUAAAGAGCGUGAGAGUGCACAGAACCUGUCCACAGACAAUGGGGUUGAACUCAAGAUGGACGACCCCCAAAGCUUGGCAAAAACAUUUGAAGAACCAAAGCAGAACCUCGACCUACCCGCUGGAGGAGAGCUUGAUUCAGAAAUGAUAGAGGAGGAAACAUCUGACAUAAACGAUGCUGUCAUUGACGACACCAUAAACUCUUCAAAUAGCGCCUCACCUGUGAUUGCUACAGGUGACACAGCCAAAGAACGACUUGACGACAGCAGCAUGGAGGACCGGAAGGAGGACGUAGUCAUAUCAAAUGAAGCUCAAGAAAACAAAGGAGAGAGAACUGUGGAAAGCAUCCUGGAUCAUGUGGAUGAACAGAAGACUGAGGAGUUGGAAACGGAAAAGACUAUGCCUUCGCCGGAGUUCGGGGCAGACACGUGAAAGGAAUACUAAGACGACGUAGGCAACGAGGCGUCAACACAACUAAUCUUCAAGGCAACCUUUCUGUCUGUUAUAUACAUACGAUAAACCCGUUUUUACGGAUGAUUUUCGAUGAAUGAAAAGAAUAAAGGGUACGGAAAGCAUGUGUAACUGUGGCGAUUUAAGAAGCACACAGUUGGAUACUGUAUCUGAAGAAUCCUGAAGGAAACAUUACUUCUUGAUUGUGAUAGAACAUAAUUGUUGCAGAACUGAGCUAUGUCAAACGAACUAUUUUUUUUUUUUUUUUUUUUUUUUUUUUUUGUGGCACAUUUGCAUGUGAAUCCGUUCAUGCUUGCGUACAUGUGUCUGUUUUGUAAGUUCUUGAGUGCGUGAGAGACAUACAAACAGAUAGACAGAAAAACAGAAUGUCUCGAGUUGAGAGGAAGUGCUCUAGAUUAUCUAUUAUGUUUGUGUGUUGCGGACGUGUUUUGUUUUGGAUAUCAGCAACAAAUCUUGUAUUUACCUGAGUUACAUUUUUCUACUCUCUUCUCUCUUGCAGAUGGAUUGGAUGUACAUGUAUUGUUCCACACUUAAAAAAAAAAAAAAAAAAAGAAACAUAUCAGGAUCUAUUUAUUGACUUUCAACACUGGCUUAUUUUAUCAGUUUCGGUCUUGUUGUUUUCACAGCAGCGAUCGUGAGAGUUGGGUUGCAGUGAAUUAGCUCCAGUGACGAUAACCAUAUGCUGGUCACUUAUCUCUUUGUCUCUCUAACCUUUUUUUUUUAUUAUUAUUAUUUUUUUCCAAAAUGUGAACCCGUUCAAUGUCCAGUGAUCACCCUUAGCCAAAGGCCGUUCCGAAUAUGGACGAACAUUUAACAAAGUUUGAGAAAGUUUUUUUUUAUUCACAACUCAGGUAAAAUCUUGGUCAAACGUUUGUCCAGAUAUGUUCGGUUAACGAUACGAGUCUAAGCAUUUGCUGUGUUCUUUGUUUUAUAUCACUGACUGCGAUUGUCAUAUGGAUAUCAUGAUGGUACUGAGCCGUAGCCUAUGGACUGGAUAUUGUGCUAAACGUGGAACUUGUAUUAUUACUAUUAAUGUACAUUUGAGUGACUAUAUAUUUAUGCAGUGUUAAACUGGACAACAUGAAUCUCGUUAAUUUGUUUGGUCUCAAAGUAAUAUCUUCUUUCGGAGAGCAAUAUCUUAGCUUGCAAUUUGCUAACAUUGUGAUGGUGAAUUCUGUACUUUUUUUAUGAAGAUGAUAUCCUGCUGUUAAUGUACGACUUUCAAGUAACUCUGAAUGAAACUGUUUUCUGAAAUACUAGUAAACACUGCUGACUA